AUGAAGGUCGCCAGGGGCCUCGUCCCUACGGAUGGCGCCGCGCCUGGCGGAGUCGCUGGCGCGGCGGGGCAGCAGAGGAAGGGCGCGCGCAUUCUGGCGGCUGAGACCUUCGCUCACCACGAGCCUCUGCCCGGCUACCUCGACCACAUCCCCCGCCGCCAGGCCCUCGCCACCUGUUUAUUACCUAAACCGGAUCCGACUAGAGACCAUAACACAUGCAUCUCACAUACCGUGAUUCCACCCCUCUCCUCUUUCCACCCCUGUCCUCUUUCCACCCCUGUCCUCUUUCCACCCCUGUCCUCUUUCCACCCCUGUCCUCUUUCCACCCCUGUCCUCUUUCCACCCCUGUCCUCUUUCCACCCCUGUCCUCUUUCCACCCCUGUCCUCUUUCCACCCCUGUCCUCUUUCCACCCCUGUCCUCUUUCCACCCCUGUCCUCUUUCCACCCCUGUCCUCUUUCCACCCCUGUCCUCUUUCCACCCCUGUCCUCUUUCCACCCCUGUCCUCUUUCCACCCCUGUCCUCUUUCCACCCCUGUCCUCUUUCCACCCCUGUCCUCUUUCCACCCCUGUCCUCUUUCCACCCCUGUCCUCUUUCCACCCCUGUCCUCUUUCCACCCCUGUCCUCUUUCCACCCCUGUCCUCUUUCCACCCCUGUCCUCUUUCCACCCCUGUCCUCUUUCCCCCUUGCCCACAUCUCCUCCCUCCUCCCCAGCGUGUGGGCGCACGACGGUGACGAUCCGCUCGCAGUACCUGGGGCCGUACGACCUGCACAACGACAUCUACAACAUGACCUUCUACAACGGCUGCGCCUACAACGUCACCAGCCCGCUGCGCGUGUGGCAGUGCUUCAACUUCGGCAACGUGUGGGAGGGCAUCCUCGACAACCCCGAUCCCAACCCCUCGCAGUACCAGCAAGGCGAAAUCUUCGUGCAGACGACGCCGGGGUACUGUGAGAUGCGCAUGAACCGCGGUGCGAGCGGCACUCUGCAGAUGCUCCCCGGGGAGACGGUCAACAUUGUGUAUGCGUACUUGUGGGACUUCCGGCCCUGCGUGCAGGAGCUGCGCUUCGGCAACGGCAACAGCUACUCCAUGACCAACACCACCGAGUGCCAGCUCGCUGCUGUCAUUUAG